GGGGCGGGGGGUGCGGCCCGGGGCCUGGCCGGCUGCGUCCCCACGUCUUGCACCGGAGCCUCGCGGCGCGCCCCUCCCGAGAAGCAGGGCCCGUGCUGCAGUUGCCGGGGGGCUGCGGAGGGCAGAGGGAGCGGUGAGGGCCGCAGGCCUCGCUGCAGGCCGGCCAGAGGUGCUCGGCUGCGGCGUUGGCCCUGCCUGCGGGUAAGGGGGGAGAAGCUGUCCCUGUGCAGCGGGGGCCUGCGGCACCGCUGCGUUGUCUUGCUUCGUGAGGGAAAGGUUGUGGUGCUUUGGGGAGGUAGAAGUGCAGAGCAUCGUGCAUGCGGGCAAGAAACGUGCUCUAUAGUCCAAGGAACUUGCAGAAGAUGCUAACCCUAAUUUUUAAAAGGGUGGCGGGGGAGCUUAUGUCCCAACCUGGUGCUGUGCAGUAAGCUGCGUCUGCCUUCCCAGGUUUGAAGCUUUCUGGGACAGGCCUCUGCUACAGCUCAACAGACUUGGAUGAUUCAAUGCCCCUUUGAAUUUUUAGGAAAGUUUAAUUACCUCCAAGGUGAUGCUUAAAGUAGUCCCCAAGUCAAUAAGUAGCGCAGUUCUUGUUUGUGUUGGAUGGAAGAACAGCCUGUAUAAUAGCUUGUGUUUGAUGUCUGCUGUGAAGCUAGAGUCCUGAUGCUGCUAUAGAAACUGGUCAGCAAAGCUAGAGGGUCGGAUAUAGCGAUGGUGCCUGUGUGCUGCUUUCUCUGAAUCUUGCCUGAGCUUCAACUGCAUGUGAGGAUGAUGGUUUCUUUAGGGAGACUGGGCUUCAGAAAGAAGUAUCACUUUAACCUGGUAGUGUCUAUAUAAUCCUGUUAAAGGCAUUGUUUUUCUUAGGCCUGAACCCAUUCAUGGCUAUUAAAGACUGAUUGAGUGAUCCAGUAGUUCAGUUUUUCUCAGCUUAGUGUUCCUUGAAAAGGAAGGGAUUUGAUUUUAAUUGGUGCCUGAAACUCAGUAUUUAUGCUGUAAAUUGCAUAUGGCAAGGCAAAAUAGAAGCCAUCUCCAGUGAGUAAAAGGACAUCAUUGAUCUAUGUAAAUACAGUCCUGUUUGACAGCAAAUGCAUUCUAUAAGUCUCACAGAUUUGAGACAGUAGAAUGUGCUUACAUUGUAGUAUGCUGUGUGGGACAACCUGGUAGUAUUCAUUUCAGCCAUGUAUGAGUAGUCAGCCAGAAAUCCUAAAACAGUGAAAUACUUGCCUUGUGAUUUCUGUGUGGAAGUGGAAAGGCUUAAAGGCUGUGGCAUUAAGCUGACUGAACAAAUUCCUGACCUGCAGCAGCUGGUGCUGCUGAGCACACUUGUUCAGCACCGUGCACAAGUGCUGGAGUUCUGCUUGUGGUCCAGGGGCUUGCUUGUAAAAGUCAUCUUUUCCUGACUUGGAGGAGGUGCUGUAGCUUUAGUUCUAACUUGAGAACUAAGCUUAAGUUUGUUGGCUUUGUUGGUUCAGUGGACAGUGUGUCUCUUGUAGCACCAAACCUUUUGGACUGGUAAGGAAGAUAGAAUAACUCUUAGUUCACAUGAGAAAAUCUUCAGCUGAAACUAAAAAACAGAACAAGGAAGUGGUAGUGCUGAGCUAGGCACUGACCACUUGCUGGUAGCUUGCUGGGGGUGGUUUCUGUUUCCGUGGCUUCACCCUGACCUCCCUUGGAAGGCUGAGUGGCAGCUUAGGACUUCAAGGAAUUUGCAGCAACAGCAUUCUGCUUAAAGAUGUCUGCUCUUGACACCCUCUUUAAAUACAUUGAUGAUCACCAAGACCUCUAUGUUAAGCGGCUGGCGGAGUGGGUGGCAAUCCAGAGUGUGUCAGCAUGGCCAGAGAAGAGGGGUGAAAUCAAACGCAUGAUGGAGGUUGCUGCAAAGGAUAUUGAGCGACUGGGAGGCACAACCCAGCUUAUGGAUAUUGGGAAACAAAAGCUGCCUGAUGGAUCAGAGAUCCCUCUACCUCCAAUUGUUCUGGGAACGCUUGGCUCAGAUCCACACAAGAAGACAGUGUGUGUUUACGGCCACCUGGACGUUCAGCCGGCGGCACUAGAGGAUGGCUGGGAUAGUGAGCCCUUCACACUGGUAGAAAGAGAUGGAAAGCUGUAUGGAAGAGGAUCAACAGAUGACAAAGGUCCAGUGCUUGCCUGGCUGAAUGCCUUGGAGGCUUAUCAACAAACGAACCAGGAUUUUCCAGUAAAUGUUAAGUUCUGCCUAGAGGGUAUGGAGGAAUCAGGAUCAGAAGGCCUUGAUGAAUUGAUUUUUGCUCAGCGAGACACUUUCUUCAAAGAUGUUGAUUACGUUUGCAUUUCUGACAACUACUGGCUAGGCAAGGAAAAGCCUUGUAUCACCUAUGGCUUGAGGGGUAUCUGCUACUACUUCAUAGAGGUUGAAUGCAGUGACAAGGACCUUCACUCUGGAGUUUAUGGUGGUUCAGUACAUGAGGCCAUGACAGAUCUCAUUGCUCUAAUGGGUUCUCUUAUAGACAAGAAAGGAAAAAUCCUCAUCCCAGGCAUUAGUGAAGCAGUGGCAUCUGUUACUGAUGAGGAGCUGGCAUUAUAUGAGAAGAUUGAUUUUGACCUGAAAGAAUAUGCAAAAGAUGUAGGAGCAACAAAACUACUGCAUGAUACAAAGAGAGAUAUCCUUAUGCACAGGUGGAGAUACCCUUCCUUGUCUCUCCAUGGAAUUGAAGGAGCCUUCUCAGCCUCUGGAGCAAAGACUGUGAUUCCUAGGAAAGUGAUUGGCAAGUUCUCAAUCAGGCUUGUGCCAAACAUGACUCCUGAAGAAGUCACAAAGCAUGUUGAAGACUACCUGAACAAAAAGUUCGCAGAGCUGCAGAGCCCCAACAAAUUCAAAGUGUACUUAGGCCAUGGUGGGAAACCCUGGGUGUCUGACUUCGACCAUCCACACUACAUGGCUGGUAGGAGGGCCAUGAAGACAGUUUUUGGAGUUGAUCCAGACCUGACAAGGGAGGGAGGAAGCAUUCCUGUUACCCUUACUUUUCAAGAAGCAACAGGCAAGAAUGUCAUGCUGCUUCCUGUUGGAGCUGCAGAUGAUGGUGCACACUCUCAAAAUGAGAAGCUAAAUAGGUACAACUACAUCCAGGGGGUGAAGAUGCUUGGUGCGUACCUCUAUGAAGUUUCCCAGCUGAAGGACUAAGUUGGAUGCCUUCUGGUUUGUGAAUCAGAAGCCUGAAUUUUCUUAGGAAACAGCAUCAAAUGUCAAUUCUUACACGGCUUCCCUUCUCUACCAAUCUACCAACACUCCACUGCUUUGGGGAAGAGGGAAGCGUGCGGUUCCACUUGAGAAACAAAGAACAUUGUAUACCAAAAAUAAUUCUUUAAAUGCUUCAAAUGACACAGACUACUCUUGGUCCGGCCAGUAGUCCUGAACUGCAUCUUAGUCCCCUCUAUAUCACUUCAAAGUUGUGGUUUGCUGUACUCAUCUACUUUUCCUGUAAAAGCAGGAGGAACUGUUUGCUCUCAGCUGCUUAAGCAGCCACAUCAAUUGCACAACUGUCAGUAAAGUUUAAGGUUCUUUUUCCAGGAUAGGUCCUGGAAAUAGUCAAAGUGAUAGAUUAUGGGGCUGUACUGGAAUGUGUUCAAGCUCUAGCGAGGCUUCUGAGUGAUUUGGGAGAGCAGUUUGGCUCUUACAGUUUAUACCUGCCUGCAGGUUUUGAUUUACAGUGAAUUAGGUUAUAACAAAAUUCACUGGGGUAAUGACUACUGGCUGUUUUUUUGUAAAGCUGCCUUUGUACUCCCUAAAAAGGACAAUAAAUCAUGCUCUAGCAA